ACGCCUCGCACCUUUAGACUCUAAAAAGGAUGGAGGAUCAUGAGUAUGUGUACGAGUAUACUGAGGAGAGCGGAUCAUCAUGGGGAUCCUCAUGGGACCUUGAAGAACGUCCUUCUUUCCGCGAGCGUCAGCCAGGAAGUCCCUCGGCUGUGCCCUCGGUAGCUUUGCUUGAGGCUUCCAACGACAACUCGGCCUCGGACAACAUGCCAGCUACCUCGCACCAACCUCUGGCUGGCAGCCCGAGGAGAAGAAAGCUCAGCUAGCUCCGGCUGCGUCGCCCAACGUGUGGUCAAUCUACGACACGCUCGAGGCGCCACCCAAGUUUGAUGCUUACCGCACUGGCGGCCGUCGCCGCAAGCCGCUCUCCGAGUUUAAGAACAUGUCGACGAUGCAGAAGAAAGAGGCUGCGUCGUUGGCGUCGCAGCUCAAGGCUGCACUCGAAGGCGAGGGCGUGAACGAGGUGCCCGAGGACGAGAAUGUGCCCAUCAUCGACGUCGGCGACGCCGGCGCCGAUCCCUUGGAUUCGAGCUCUAAGCUUGGUUGGGCCAAGGGCGUGCUCAUCCCGUGCCUGCUCAACAUUUGGGGCGUGAUCAUGUUCCUCCGGCUCGGUUGGUGUGUCGGCUUUGCUGGCGCGGGGCAGAUGACCGUCAUCAUCCUCCUCGCCGGCGUAGUGACGACGCUCACAACGCUCUCGCUUUCGGCCAUUGCCACCAACGGCGAGGUUAAGGCCGGUGGCGCAUACUUUCUCAUUUCGCGCAACCUCGGCCCGGCGUGGGGCGGCUCCAUCGGCGUCAUUUUCUCAUUUGCCAACGCCGUCGCCGUUGCCAUGUACAUUGUCGGCUUUGCUGAGACCCUCACCGACAUCUGGGGCUGGAAGGACCAUCCGUUUGGCUCGAACGCGCUCCGGGUCGUCGGCUUUGUCACCCUCAUCAUCCUCUUUGCCAUGUGCCUCUACGGCGUGGGCUGGAUCGCCAAGCUUCAGGUUGGCUUGCUUGUUGUCCUCGUUGCUGCCAUGGGCUCGAUGAUUCUCGGCGCGCUCAUUUCGGGCGCGUGGGGCGCCAAGCCGUCGUCUGGUUUUGUUGGCAUCGACAAGGCCAAGCUUGUCGCCGGAGCCGACUAUGGCUCCGAGUCGUUCUUCUCCAUUUUUGCCAUUUUCUUCCCGGCCGCGACCGGCAUCAUGGCUGGCGCCAACAUCUCGGGUGAUCUCAAGCGGCCAUCGGCCGCCAUCCCCAAGGGCACCCUCCUCGCCAUUGGCAUUUCGACGGUGGUGUACAUCGGGAUGGUGUGGAUCAUUGCCGCCGUUUCGACCCGCGAGAAGCUCAAGACCAACACGCUCAUCAUGAUGGACAUAUCUGUGGCGGGCCCGGUCAUUGUGGCCGGCAUCUUUGCGGCCACGCUCUCGUCUGCGCUGGCUUCGCUUGUUGGCGCGCCGCGGGUGCUGCAGGCGGUUUGCCGCGACCAGCUCAUUCCCGCGCUCAACAUGUUUGGCAAAGGCCGGCGGUCAGACGACGAGCCGAUUCACGGGUACAUCCUUGUCUUCUUUGUGGCGGUGGCGUGCAUCUCGAUCGGCGACCUCAACGCCAUUGCCUCGCUCAUCUCGCAGCUCUUCCUCCUCUCGUAUGGCUUUGUCAACUACGCCACCUUUGCCAUGGCGUACUCCAAGCCUCUGGGAUGGCGGCCGGGCUUUGUGUACUACCACUGGAGCACGGCGGCGUUUGGCGGCAUCCUCUGUCUCGGCGUGAUGUUCCUUGUCGACUGGACCUUUGCUCUUGUUGCCUUUGUCAUCUGUGGCCUGCUCUACGCGUACAUCUCGUACCGCGACCCGGACGUCAACUGGGGCUCGGUCAACCUCGCGCGGGUGUACUCGCGGGCGGUCCGAGCCAACAUUGCGCUGCAGGCCCAGGAGCCGCAUGUCAAGAACUGGCGCCCGCAGGUCCUGCUCCUCACUGGGGACUUUGCCGCCCGCCUCGCUCUCGUCAAGCUCACUGCGUUCUUCACCGAGCAGGGCGUGCUCUUCCUGGGCAACAUCAUCAUUGACGACGCCAUCAACGACGCCCACAACGACGAGAUCGAGGCCGCGGCGGACUGGGUCGUUGCCCACAACGUCCGCGCCUUCUCAGACGUCACCAUUGCGCGCUCCUUCCGCCGUGGUGUCCGUCACUUUAUGCUUGUCUCGGGCCUCGGCCGCGCACUCCGGCCCAACACCCUCGCCAUGGGUUUCCGCCACACCUGGCAUGACGACGCUGCGGCGUCGCUCGAGUACGUUAACGCCAUCCGCGACGCCAUGGACAAGAAGCUCGGCCUCAUGAUCAUCCGCAAUGCCAACCUCGUCGACUUUACUGUUCCCACCUCGGACCCCAUCGAUGUGUACUGGCUCGAGGACGACGGCGGCUUCACGGCCAUGAUGCCGUACAUUCUCUCGCGGUCGCACCUCUUCUCCAACGCGCCCAUCCGUCUCUUCUCCAAGAUCAUCUCGCCCGACGCCACCGACGCCGACGACGAGAAGGAGCAGCUCGCCCUGCUCAUGCGCAAGCUCCGGAUCACCACCUCGGAAAUCAACCUGCUCACCACGCUCGGCGCGACGCCCAACCCGGCAACGACCGAGUGGUAUGCCCGCUACGAGCUGCUGACCAGGGCGCGGGCCCAGUCCUUCCUCGACGCCCGCGUCUGGGCCGAGGGCGACGAGCCGCUCACCGUGGAGGAGCUCGAGCAGUACCAGCAGUCUUGGACCGACUACUACCUCCGGCUCGGCGAGCUCAUCCACCAGAACUCGGCCAACGCGUCGGCCGUCUUUGUCUCGCUCCGCAUUCCCGACAACAACGACUCGGCGCUGAUGUACAUGUCGUGGCUGGAAGCCAUCUCGCACGGCAUGGAGUGCCCGUUCUUCUUUGUUCGCGGCUCGCACGAGAACGUUGUCACUCUCGAAGCGUAAACGCGGCGCUGUUCCGCAUCUGCUGCGCUUUACUUUGCCCGCUGCUGGUUCUUAAACCGGACAACGAGCGAGCCGGUGCCGGUCGACCACCCGUUGAGCGCUGCAAUAGCCAUCUGCGAGGCCGGCUGCGGCGGCUCGUACCGCACAAAGCCGUAGCCCUUGGAGACACC